GGUGAAAACUAAUGGAUGAAAAUUUUGUCAUGCACUGAAAGAAAAGCAUUGUCUGUGAAGUUCUAUUUUUAAAAAUGUCUGCUUGUAACACCUUUACUGAACACGUUUGGAAACCUGGUGAAUGCAAGAAUUGCUUUCAGCCUAAAAGCUUGCAUCAGCUCCCCCCAGACCCCGAGAAGGCACCCAUCACCCAUGGCAAUGUGAAAACUAACGCCAAUCACAGUAACAACCACCGCAUCAGGAACACUGGAAACAUCCGGCCUCCUGUGGCUAAAAAACCCACUAUAGCUGUGAAACCCACUAUGAUGGUGGCAGAUGGACAGAGUGUAUGUGGUGAGCUUAGCAUCCAAGAACACUGUGAGAACAAACCUGUCAUCAUAGGGUGGAACCGAAACAGAACUGCUUUGAGUCAGAAACCACUCAACAAUAAUAAUGAAGAUGAUGUUGAAGGAUUUAGCCAUGUUCCUAAGCCUUAUGGCAAUAAUGAUAGUGCAAAGAAGAUAUCAAAUAACAAUAAUGGACUAACUGAAGUGUUAAAGGAGAUAGCAGGUUUGGAUACCACCCCUCAGAUAAGAGGAAAUGAAACAAACUCCAGAGAAACAUUCUUAGGAAGAAUAAAUGAUUGCUAUAAACGAUCGCUGGAAAGAAAGCUUCCACCAAGUUGCAUGCUAGGUGGCAUGAAGGAUACUCAGGGCAAGCAUGUUAUUCUGAGUGGGAGCACAGAAGUGAUCAGUAAUGAAGGGGGCCGGUUCUGUUACCCAGAGUUUUCUAGUGGCGAGGAGAGUGAGGAAGAUGUGCUUUUCAGUAACAUGGAGGAGGAGCAUGAGAGCUGGGAUGAGAGUGAUGAAGAGCUAUUGGCCAUGGAGAUUCGCAUGAGAGGGCAACCUCGCUUUGCCAACUUUAGGGCAAACACUUUGUCUCCUGUUCGAUUCUUUGUGGACAAAAAAUGGAAUACUGUCCCCCUGCGAAAUAAGUCUCUGCAGAGAAUCUGCGCUGUAGACUAUGAUGAUAGCUAUGACGAAAUACUGAAUGGUUAUGAGGAAAAUUCUGUGGUCUCUUAUGGACAAGGAAGCAUUCAGAGCAUGGUGUCAUCUGACUCCACAUCACCAGACUCUUCUCUAACAGAAGAAUCACGUUCCGAGACGGCUAGUAGUUUAUCCCAGAAGAUUUGUAAUGGGGGGAUAUCUCCUAGCACCCCAGGAGAUUCUAAGGACGUGAAGGAAGUUGAGCCCAAUUAUGAAAGCCUCUCUGGUAAUCAGGAGAAGGACGCAUCACAAGCUUCCAAAAGCUCAAUAAAAGUUCCAGAGACACACAAAGCAGUCCUUGCUCUCCGACUAGAAGAGAAAGAUGGCAAGAUUGCUGUACAAACUGAGAAGCAAGAAAGUAAAACCUCUACAGACAUUGCUGGGCAAGCAGUAACCAUAAACCUCGUCCCUGUGGAAGAACAAGCGAAGCCCUACCGAGUUGUCAGUCUGGAGCAGCCGCUGUGCAAGCCCUACACCGUCGUGGAUGUGUCAGCGGCCAUGGCCAGCGAGCACCUCGAGGGCCCUGUCACCAGCCCCAAGACGAAAAGCUCAUCUUCUACUCCAGACUCUCCAGUGACAGCACCUGCACUGACACCGGGACAAGCAAGUGCCCAUUUCCAAACAUCCAGUGCGGUCCGAUACCAGGAAGUGUGGACUUCCAGCACCAGUCCACGACAAAAGAUACCCAAAGUAGAAUUAAUUACUGCUAGAACUGGACCAAAUGUCCCUCCAAGGAAAAACUGCCACAAAUCAGCACCCACUUCACCCACAGCUACAAACACUUCCUCCAAAACCAUCCCCGUUAAGUCACCUAAUUUGUCUGAAAUAAAAUUUAAUAGUUACAACAAUGCUGGGAUGCCACCUUUUCCAAUUAUCAUUCAUGACGAGCCAACUUAUGCUCGAAGUUCCAAAAAUGCUAUCAAAGUUCCCAUUGUUAUCAAUCCAAAUGCAUAUGACAAUCUAGCCAUCUACAAAAGUUUUCUGGGAACAAGUGGAGAACUCUCAGUGAAGGAAAAAACCACAAGUGUAAUAAGCCAUACUUAUGAAGAAAUAGAAACUGAAAGCAAAGUGUCUGAUAACACCACUAACAAACCCACUGAAUGUCCCCAACCUAAAGGGGCUUCAAACAGCACAGAGCGUAAAAGGGGCUCAGUGGCUCAGAAGGUUCAGGAGUUUAACAACUGUCUCAACAGAGGUCAGUCUUCACCACAGAGAAGCUAUAGUUCCAGCCACAGCUCCCCAGCAAAGAUGCAGAGAACCACUCAGGAGCCUGUGGCCAAAGCAGAAGGCAUUCGGGAGUCUCAGAUGGCGGGCAGUGGUGGCAGCAGCGGCAGCACCAGGGAGAAAGCGAGCACAGUGCUUUCUCAGAUUGUGGCUUCCAUCCAGCCCCCACAGUCUCCUCCAGAAACCCCCCAGUCUGGCCCUAAACUUUGCAAUGUGGAAGAGCUCUAUGCCAUUCCUCCAGAUGCCAGCGAUGCUAAAGGUACACUGAAGAGUACACCGGCCCGGCCCAAAUCUCUCUUUACGUCUCAGUCUAGUGGUGAAGCUGAAGCACCUCAGACCACAGAAAGUCCUACCACCAAAGUACAGAAAGACCCAUUCACAAAGCCAGUCCCCUCCCCUCCCUCCAAACUAGUGACUAACCUCCAAAGUGAGCCACCACCUCCUUUUCCCCCGCCACGCUCUACUUCCUCUCCUUACCAUGCAAGUAACCUUUUGCAGAGGCAUUUCACCAACUGGACCAAGCCAACCAGCCCUGCCAGAUCCACAGAAGCCGAAGCAGUUUUGCAUUCUGAAGGCAGCAGGCGGGCAACCGACGCAAAGCCUAAGCGCUGGAUAUCAUUUAAAAGCUUCUUCCGCCGUCGGAAAACAGAUGAAGAGGAUGACAAAGAAAAAGAGCGAGAGAAAGGGAAACUGGUGGGCCUGGAUGGCACGGUCAUCCACAUGCUGCCUCCUCCUCCAGUUCAGCGGCAGCACUGGUUCACAGAGGCGAAAGGAGAGUCCAGUGAGAAACCAGCCAUUGUCUUCAUGUACAGGUGUGACCCCGCCCACGGCCAGCUCAGUGUGGAUCAGAGCAAGGCUGGGCAAGCCAGACAGCAGUCACGGAGAAGGGUAGGACAGAGGAUGCAUUACUGCAGGACUCAGAGGAGAAGAAGAAAAGGAAUCACUCUUCUCCAUCACAGAUUCCUAAAAAAACUCUCAGGUAUGUAA